AUGCCAGAUUCUGAAAGUAAUUUGGUGUCUUCACAUGUGGAUGUUAUAAAUGGUACUUCAGUCUUGAGUGAAAUGAAAAUUUCGGAUGAAAAGAGAUCUGCUGAAAAAAGAACUGUGACUCAGAUUGAGAAGAAUGGUUAUCCCGACUCGAUAUACAUAAAUGCAGCUAAGAUUUUUCAAGGUAUUCAUACUGAAAAGAGUGAGGAUAAAAUCCAGGUGCGGUAUGGCAAUAACUCAGAAUCUCCCAUGAUGGCUUUUAAAGAUGAGCAUUCCAGGCGUGUAUGUUAUGAACUGGCUUUCAAUACUCUAAAAUAUCAAGACCUUCUUGAAGAAAUAUUGUUAGAUAGUCAUACUUACCCAUGCAACUCAAUACCAGAUGAGUUAACCAGCUUGCUUGUUGUGAUGCUUUAUGACUUACAAGACCGAAAGUUUAAAAAACGAAAGACUUUUGCUGAAGAGGAACUUGUAGCAGAAGUUCAGGAAAUAGGGAAUUAUUUAUACAGUUAUAGGACCAAACUGGCAGCUGCACUAGCACGAUGUCGCAUCAAAUAUGAUGCUCUUUCAAUUGAAUAUUUUAUACCAGAAACUAUAUGGAAGCAGGAACAAAGGGCUUCUUCUUUACCUCUCUGUUUCUGGAUAAACACAUUUAAAAUCAGCCUUGAAGAUGUUACCAGAGCUUUGGAGAUGAAGGGAUUUACAAAAGUUGAAUCUGUGUCAGACUUGGACCAGUACACGUAUGCUGUGGACCAACAUUGCCAUGAUGUAUUGGUUUUUCCUUCGUAUCUUAAAGAAGAACUGCUUAAUUUAGAUCUUUUUGCAGAUUGCAAACUCUUACUGCAGGAUAAGUCUCGCAGCAUUGCUGUACACUCUGCACAGGCAUUGUUGAGUGAAGGUGGUGACAUUAUAAUGGCUCACACAGGUUCCCAUCUGACCAUUGCCCAUAUGUCAGUACUGACAAAUCACAGCGUUUCCAAAAUUUUUGCUUGUGGUGUGAAAUCUUUGGCAAAAGAAGAAGAACUGAGGAACAGUUUCAGUCACACGGGAUGUGAAAAUAUUCAGUUGUUAUAUGAAGACUUUACUGAUCUUGAACCAACAGACCCAAGACUUGGUAAGGCAAAAGUUAUUUUGCUGCUACCACAAUGCUCUGGACUGGGUGCUGGCAAUCCAAUGGAGCUUAUUUUAAGUGAACACAGAGAUGCAGGAUUGCUACGAGACCUUUUCCAGGGAUUUGUGUCUGAGGAUAAACUCAGUGUUCUUGCUGAGAGGCAGCUUAAUGAGUUGAUGCAUGCACUGAAAUUUAAAAAAGUACAAGCUAUUGUUUACUGCACUUGUUCAGUUUACCCAGAAGAAAAUGAACUUGUUGUGCAAAAAGCACUGGAAUCUGGAGUGGAGGGAGAUAAAGUACGACGAUAUAGGCUUAUUCCUUCUGUUUUUUCUACUUGCUCCAAUUCAGAGUCUUCCACUGAAAUGUUUUUCAAAAUAGAGCCAUCAGAAAUUUCCAGUGGCUGUUUCCUAGCUGUUCUAGAGAGAGAGAAAGAUACUUCUAAAAAAGUGUCUGAUAAAGACAUUUUGGAUUCAGCUGCAGCAGAAAAACUACUAGAUGGCAUCACUGAAGAAAAACCAAAAGAAGAGGUGAAAAAGAAGAAAGUAAAAAAACGUAGAUGUAAGGUUGCUGCUAGUGAUAGCAAGCCAAAAGCUGCAAAGCUCCUUCACUGCCAAACUGGAUCUAAUGUUAAGGCUGAAGUUCCUGUGUCUAAAGCAGCCAGUAAGUUACAAGAACAGCAUGAGUACCACACAAAAGCAGCCGGUGACAUACAAGAAAAGCAUGUGACCCGAAAAAAAGCAGCCAGUAACACAGCACAGAAGACUGUGCCUGGGAAAAAAGCAGCCAGUAACACACCACAGAAGACUGUGCACCAAAAAAAAGCAGCCAGUAGCACACCACAAAAGAAAGUGCAACGAAUAAAAGCAGCCAGUAACAUGCAGCAAAAGAAUGUGCACUGA